AUACAAGUAGGUGGUCAGUCAAUAUUAUAGCCACAGAACGCUGGUAAAAGUGAAAUAAAAUUGAUUUGGUUUACACGACUUGAUAAAAUGAUAUCACAAAAUGUUGAUAAAUAUUCAUUAUUACCGCUUCGCGUAUUAGUAAUUAUAUUUACCAAUUAAUAGCCAUCUUCACGUUUCGCGCUGACCAAGAUUAGACGUUUUGACUCACGCUGGUUAGUAUUAAAGAAUCGAGUUAACUCGCCACACGUGUCCUGACUUAAUUUCAAUUGUUAGGUGGUGUUAAAACAUGGCAAAAGAAUUUUUUCACGCGGUAUUCAUCGUGUUGGCAUUUUUUCACCUUGUUUGUUCGAUUACUGGUUUGAAAAUUUUCCCAAAUGAUACAGAGUUGGUUAUUGGGAAAGAAGGUACGUUGAUGUUGACUUGCACUAACGAUGAGCCAAUUACUUGGACUUAUCCAGACGGGAUCGCGAGAUUCUCGAACAAAAAAGCCGAUUAUCGGAAUGAAAAUGGCACUUACUUCAGCUCACUUACUAUUUCUCCGGCUCAUUUUUUAGAUACCGGAUAUUACAUUUGCCAUUCAGAAAACAACACUAGAAACACUGCUCAAAUAUACGUUUAUGUUUUCGACGACAGUAAUGCGAUCGCUGCAGACGCCCUUCUUUCAACACAUGUCUCUAUGUACGAAAGAGCUAUAAUACCUUGCAAACCUACAUCACCCAACAUCAGCGUUUCUUUGACACGAUUAGAUACUCGUAUGCCUGUGGAACCGAUUGAAAAAUAUGAUCCAAAAAUUGGAUACGUUAUAUCCACUUAUCCCAUCACCGAUAGUGCACGUUUUACUUGCUCGAAUUCGAAAAAUUCAAAAACACGUGUAUUUAAAGUAGAAGUUUACCCUCCAUACAAUAGUUCUUCUAAUCCACAUAUUGAAGUCACCGACUCUGAGUUCAACUAUCCGAUAUAUGAAAAGCAAACCGCCAUAUUGAAUUGCUCGAUAGUUGUUUCCCCUGGUAUAGGAGUAAAGUCAAUGGAGUGGAAAUAUCCUCAAAAUGUUACAAAGAAAAUAUUUGAAGAAAAAACUGAUGUAGUAAGGCAUGAAAAAUUCGAAACGUAUUACCGAAUGCUCAGCAUUUAUAACUUGACAAAAAAAUAUGACGAAGGAAAUUAUACUUGCGAAGUGAUCGAUGGAAAUUCCAGUACGAAAGUGUUCACACAUUUUUUACAAAUCGAAGGAUCAGAUUCAAUAGUCUUAAACGUUACAGUGUCGGAAAAAUCUCGAGUAUUCACUGUUGAGUCUGGACCUAAUGCAACUGUGGAAUUCAUAGCCAUGAUUCAAUCCGUCCCAAAACACGAAGUUGCAUGGUACGAUCCACGUGGCUUAAAAAUGGACAUUCGAUGUUUACUCCCCAAAUGCAGUAUGGAGGAAAAUGGAUCCUAUGCCAAGUUGAAAAUGAAAAGUAUAAAAUUUGAGGAUUCUGGCACUUAUCGUUUGAAUGUUCACAAUGGCUUUCUCGUUCGUGAUGUUAACUUUACUCUGAUUGUUUACACGAAACCAAAGGUUGACUUUAACAGGAUCACUUCAGGGUUAUUCAAGGUAAACACUAUCCGUGAUGUCAAUUGUGAAGUAACUGGAUAUCCAUUGCCUCAAAUUUCAUGGUCAGCGAAAACUUGUGAGGACUAUCCUGAUUGUAAAAAUGGCACUUUUCAAAAGCUACCACCAUCCAUGCACAAAGAAAAAGUCAUUGGAACGAAUAAAGUGAUAUCUAUGCUCCACUUUACAUCUAAUGAAAGCACAAUUCUCCAAUGCGAAGCCAAUAAUUCAGUGGGACUCUCCAAUUCUUCGUUUCAAUUUUUUCUAACAGAUUACGGAAAUGACGUAACAGUGACGAUUCAAAAUAAUCAAACAUCAAUUAUUACUGGGGAUGAUGUUGAGAUCCUUUGUGCAAUCCCGAAGCAUAAUUUUGUGAAUGGUUUCGAAUGGAUGUAUUCAAAAAAUUCAUCACGAUUUUCCCAGAAGAACAGCAUUAUUCCAUCCAGAGAAAUUCAGAUACAAAAUUCUACGACUAAAUUUUCGUACAUAUCCACACUUCUUAUCAAAAAUGUCCAACAAGAUCAUCGUGGAACAUACACUUGUCAAGCUGCUUUUAAAACUGCUUUUAGCGAUACUGCGAAGAAAAACUUCAGCAGAUUAUUUCCAUCCAAGGACAGUAGCUCUGUAAGCUUAGUUGUAAUAGAUCAGAAAUCACCCAUCAUUGUACAUUCUAUGAUGAAAAAUGGAACUUGGCAAGUGGAUCCUGGAACAUUGGUCACUUUUUUGAUCGACGUUGUAGGAAUUCCACAUCCCAAUGUGACUUGGUAUAAGGACGGAAAACCUGUGUCAUUGAGUAAUCGUAUCACUUUGACUCGCAAUUCUCAGAAUUUAUCAAUCGCGAAUGUUUCGCUUGUUGAUGAGGGGAAGUACUCUUUUUUUGCAAGUAACAAACUUGGCAAUGUUACAGACAGUCUUCGUUUGUCAAUUCGAGCUAAAGAAAAAAGUUCAUAUUUCAAAUACAUACUGGGAGUUUCAAUUUGCAUCUUCCUCAUAUUGAUUGGACUGGUAUUUUUUGUGAUAAGAAGACUUCACAAAGAAAAAAUGAAAUUACAAAAAAUCUUAAAAGAAUACGGGUUGCAAGAGUCCAAAAUGAGCGCAAUUACCAGCCUAGAUCCAGAUCUGGACAUUGCAGAGCAAACUUUCCACAUACCAUACAAUAAAAAAUAUGAAUUUCCUAAAGAUAAAUUGGAAUUUGGAAAGGUACUUGGAUCCGGCGCAUUUGGAGUUGUUAGAAAAGCAGAAGCCGACGGUAUUAUUAAAAAAGGUGAGAAAACAACUGUGGCAGUGAAAAUGGCUAAACGCCAGCAAGACUCUUUAUGCAUAAAAGCUCUAGCCUCUGAGAUGAAGAUCAUGAUUUAUUUGGGACAGCAUCCCAAUGUAGUGAAUUUAUUGGGAGCCUGCACUAAAAACUUGAUACAAGGAGAAUUAGCUGUGAUGGUUGAGUAUUGCAAAUAUGGCAACUUACGAGAGUUUCUUCUGAAAAGAAGAAGCAAAUUUGCAAAUCAAAUAAACAAGGAUGAUGAAAUUGAUUUAACAAUUACUACCGCCAAUGGAUAUGAAAACAUCCCAUCCAUUGGAGAACCUGGAACCAAAAACAGAAGUAAGCUGGUUGAAGACACGCCAAUAGGUUCAGAUGGAUAUCUCAUAAACAACGAUUUAUAUGAUCCAGAAUCUCGUUCAAUUUACAUGUCUGACUAUGACGCUGAUGAUAUUAAAGUCAUCAAAACCAUAGAUUUGAUUUGCUGGUCAUAUCAAGUAGCUCGAGGUAUGGAGUAUUUGGCCACUCGCAAGGUUUUACAUGGUGAUUUAGCUGCCAGAAACAUACUCCUGGCAGAAGGCAAUAUAGUGAAAAUCAGUGACUUUGGUCUAGCUAAGAGUAUGUAUCAAAGUGAACAAUAUCAGAGCAGUAAAACUAUAUUUCCUGUUAAAUGGAUGGCCAUUGAAUCUAUACGGGAUAGAGUAUUUUCAACCCAAUCUGAUGUUUGGUCUUUUGGUAUUACCAUAUGGGAAUUAUUUUCACUAGCAGUCUCACCUUACCCAGGAUUGGAACAUGUGUCUUUUCUAUAUGAAAAAUUAGAAUCUGGGUAUAGGAUGGAAAAACCAAAAUUUGCAACAACUAAACUAUACAACCUGAUGACAGACUGUUGGAAACACCAUCCUAAGGAAAGGCCAUCAUUUACCGAAUUGACUCAAAAACUCGCAACCUUCCUUGAAGACCCAAUAAGAUCUCAAUAUACUACAUUAGAUGAAUUGAAGAUGAGCAAUACAUCUGAUGGCAUGGGUGAUACUGAAAACUACUUGAAGAUUUUAAGCCUGUGUCCACCAGUAAACUCGAGCAGAAAUCAAAUAAACCCUCCGUAUAUGAAUAUUUCUUCAACAGCUGUUGAGAAUCCAGGUUAUUUGGAAUUGACUGACAUAUCAGGACAUGCAGGCACCUCUUAAACUGUAAGUAACUUGUCAUUGAUUUUUAAUGUAACCAGAACUGUGAUAGUUGAUUUAACAACUGGUUCAGUGAAAGUUGAAUCAACAGACAAUUAUUAAAUUUACGACAAUGCUAGGAAAUGAUGUUUAUUCCUAGAUGGGUAGAAAGAUCCUAAAGGAAAAUGAAAGGAGAUUAACAUUUCAUACCUUUAUUUUCGGACAUGUUGAAAAUAAAACUCUGAUUAUAAUGAAAAAGUAGGUUCUGGACUAUUGUUGUUUUUUUUUUGCUGACAGUGAGUUCAAAUUGAUUUUUUUUUUUUUUAUAAAACUGUUUGCAGUUCAUGAUUCAUGAUACUUGGUGAAAUGUGCAAAAAAAAAUCAGUGUCAUUAAAUACCAAAAUACUGUCGCCAUUCACCUCAGUAUCCACUCAUAUAUUUACCACUCAUUACCUGUAAACACUAAUCAAUUGUUCCGAAAAAUUACAUAAAAAAAUGUUUGAAUCAUUUCAAUCAUUUGUGAUAAUUAUUGUUAAUUAUGAUACAUAGGUAUGUAAUAAUAUAUAAUAUGUACUUUCCAUUUUUAUAUUGCUCAUCAAAUUCAAAUCAUUGCAGUACUUCUAGUCAUUUACUCAUUAUUUGAGUAUGCAUUUUAAUAAUUUAUAUUUUAAUAUUCAUGUUCAUGUUUUGUACCUAUACGUUACAUUUAUUUAGAUUUACCUACUCGUUAUUAGCUGUGUAUUUUUUAAAUUUUCAAAUGUUUUUACCUAAAUAGAUAUUAUUUUGUUUGUCUA